UCAACAGUUUCACGGAACAGUGCUUGUGAAUAGUCGUUCGGCGAGUUACGCGUCAGUUUAGUAUUAUAGUGAAUGGUGUUCCUGCGUUAGUGUACGUGAUUUGGUUGUUUAGUUUCUGUGCACUAAACUGGUGAUCUGUUUUUCUUUGCUGUGAAAAUUUCGUUGCCUGCAAAAUGCCGUAUCGUUGUUGUGUGCCGAAUUGUAGAGGAAAUUACGACGGUGGACCAAAAGUAACCGUGUUUAAAUUUCCGGAGGAUGAAGCAACGAGGAAGAAAUGGUUGUCACGUAUUCGCAGACAUAACUUCACUCCUUCUUCAAGUUCAAGAGUAUGUCAUGUUCACUUCCACAAGGAUGAUGUUAUUUGGGAAACACAAAUUGUGGAUGAAAGGACUGGUCAGUUAUUAAGAGCCCCCCUUCUCAAACCACGUUUGAGACCACAUGCAGUUCCAUCACUACUCCCGAACUGUCCUUCCUACCUUUCAAAGGAAGAAAGUAGACGUGAAGGGCCAGAGGAGAAAAAGCAAAGGCUUGAAAAUGAGCAGUUAGCUGCAGCGUUACAAUAUAGUUUAGCAUCACAGAAGGACUAUGAAAACACUUUCAGCUUCAGUUCUUUAGAAGAGUUGAUGUUGCGUACGAAGGAAGUGGAUUUGCCCAACGAGUGGAGUGUGAUCGAAAAACACAGUGAUUUUGUUUGUUUUUUAAAGAUAAUAAGAAAUCCAGCACCAUUAAUCACACAUUCUGUCGUUAUAGAUAGUAAUUUAAAUGUUUCAUUGUUUAAGAAAGAUGUACAAAUUAAGACAUUAGGAAAAAGAUCUUUUCCUGUAAUUGUAACCAAUAUCCAUGAAAUUGUCAGUGUACUGCAGGAGUUUUCAGACACAGAUUGUGGGCACUCAGAAACUUCUAUAGAUAGUAUUGUAGAGAUAGUGAAAGACAGUCUAGGAGUGCUGAAAGACAGUUUACAGGAGAGUGAAAAGGAGAUGGUAGACUUUAUAUAUGAACAAGAGCUGCCCACUGCACCACCACCACCACCACCACCACCACCACCACCACCACCAGCAGCUGAAAACGUGCUUCGUCAGGCGGUGUACGUAACAAACAUCAUGGCUUUAAUUCUCCUAUUCCCAUCAAUUUUCGUGGCCACUACCACCCUCGUUACUAGAGGUAUGCAAAUUGGGCGGUCCGGAAGAGACGUACCUGCGAACCGUUGGGCAGAGCCACGGGGCAGUGCCCUGGCGUGGGUCCUACCAUGGCCGGAAACAGGUGCUCCUGAUGUGCUGGUACCAGCUGCUACGCCCCGCACCCUGACUGUCACUGCCAACAAAGCGCGAGUGUGCUUACCUGUGAAAGAAACAACAAUAUCAGCACAGGUGCCACAGACACACGGUUUCCACGAAAAACUUCAAGAAGAAGAACCAGAAGAAGAAGAACCAGAAGAAGAAGAAGAAGAAGAACCAGAAGAAGAAGAAGAAGAAGAACCAGAAGAAGAAGAAGAAGAAGAACCAGAAGAAGAAGAAGAAGAAGAACCAGAAGAAGAAGAAGAAGAAGAACCAGAAGAAGAAGAAGAAGAAGAACCAGAAGAAGAAGAAGAAGAACCAGAAGAAGAAGAAGAACCAGAAGAAGAAGAAGAACCAGAAGAAGAAGAAGAACCAGAAGAAGAAGAAGAACCAGAAGAAGAAGAAGAACCAGAAGAAGAAGAAGAACCAGAAGAAGAAGAAGAACCAGAAGAAGAAGAAGAACCAGAAGAAGAAGAAGAACCAGAAGAAGAAGAACCAGAAGAAGAAGAACCAGAAGAAGAAGAACCAGAAGAAGAAGAACCAGAAGAAGAAGACUGA